UCAAGCAAGCAUUCUGGCCCCUCGUUCUCCCAUGCUCAGCGCGCUGGCCCCGUACUUGGGCUACGCAUCCCAGGUCUCGAUCGCGUGGCUGAAUCGGUGCCCCGCCGCGCCGGCCUGCCCAGCCUGUUCGUGUGGGGCGUGCCCUGCGUGCCCGCCCAUCCCGGCGUGCCCAGGCGCGCCGUCGCCGGUCUGCCCGGCGGAGCCGCCUGGGGCGGCCGAGAGCCCGCCGGUGGCUGGACUGGGGUCGCUCUGGUCGGCACUCGUGUGUGUGGCUCUCGUCGGUGGCUGCCUGCUCGGUGGGGCCGUCGGAGCCUGCCUGCCCGCCCUGAUCCGUGCGCGGUCGCGCGGCAGCGGCGUGGGGACGUGGGCCGAGCGUCACCAUGGCGGCUCAUCAACUGCGCCCAUGGGCAUGGGUAUUGUACGCCGGCGUGCUGCUCUGGCACCAGCGGAGAAUGCUGGGUCGCUCGAAGCCAUCGGCGACUCGACCGACUGAAUCCUCUCACCUGCCGAUCACGACAAUUCACCGUGGCGUAUACGACGGGCUGUACGACGGCUCCAGCGUGGGCAUCCAGGGCGUUUGGUGUGCGGCUACGCGGGCGAUCCCGCCUGGCGUGAGUCGUGCUCAGACUCACCGCUUUAGGCGAGAGCCGACGGCGGUCGAGAGGGUGGCUUUCAGUGCCGCGGCCGAGCAGGUGUGCCGGGACAUCCACGCCGCCGGAGCUGCGGCAGCCGGCGUGGCCUUCGUGUCGCACCCCCUGGGGCGCCUCGAGCCGUUGGCGGAGUUCAUGCCGCCCGCUGGCCCAGGUGCAGGUGCUGCCGCCGGCGAGCUACUGGCCGCUGGGCCGAUGGCUGGCGCUGCUCGCCCGGGGGGAAGGCCUGUCGUGGCGGGCGCUGUGACGGCCGCUGGCCCUGCGGCCGCAACGACCCCCUUCGACGCUGCUGCCGAGGCCGCGUCAGAUAAGUGGGUCACGAUCGAGAGCACAUCCCUCGACCUCCUUGGCGUCGUGGUUCAGCUCCCCGUGAAUGCUCAGACCGCCAGGGACGUGGUAGUCUUCACCCCUCCUGGUUGUGGUGCCGUCGCCAUGCGCGACCUCCGUGACCUUGACGAGAAGGUCCUCAGAGUCCCUGGAGCUGUGCACGAUCCCCGGGGCCUGCAGCAGGCUCAUCACUUUGGCCCUCGUCACCGUCGUGGUUAUGCUGAGGCGGUCCGCGACAUGUCCGAGUGGUGUGUGAGCGAUGGGACGGUGCCUUACCCCGGGACCGUCCCCUGGUGCGCCCAAUGGGUGGGGCGCCGGCCCAGCACGUCUGUGUCGCACCUCCGCUGGUUCACCUCGACGUUCAGCUCGAAGACCGACCAGUGGGGCGAUGAGGCUCAGGAGACGGCGCUCAGGGCCCUCGAGGAGCGUCUGGGCUUCGACGGGACCGAUCCGCCCAACUUGGCUGGCGCCGAGAUCAUCAUGAGACAGGCGCAGCUCAAGGAAUGCGUCUACUGGAUGGACUCUCUUGCGGUGUCGGUCACGGACAAGAAUGCUGGUAAGCCCGUGAUCUCAUUCAGCGGCCUCGUGAUUGCGUCGGGGAUCUUCUCAGGCCUCAGCACGGACACGGGCGCAUCUCUGGCGUGCCCAUCUCUCCUGGAUCACGUCGCCGCCGAGGCUCAGAGGGACAUAGCGAUCUUGAGUCAUGUGAAGAAGGCCUAUGAGGAGCGGGCUGCGCUCCUCUAGAAGCAACGACGCCAGAUUUCAUCGACCCAGGACCCCCCCCCGGCCUGGGUCGGUACGCGAAGGGGGGGCCCUCCACGCCUGAGGAUCGUGCGCGCGAUCUCUUGCCUUUGCCUCUCCCUCCUCUUUCUCCUCCUUCGAGGGGCACCUCAUCAGCUUUUUCCAGGGCCACUCGUCGUCGUCUCGAGCGAGCGGGUCAUAGUGACCGGCUCGUCCGGGACAUCGCCCAGUGUUUGAAUGAACUCUUUCAGGGGCCCCCGGGCUCGACGGCGCGGGGGCCUUGCGAGAGCUCUGCGCCCGGCGCUCCUACGAUGGUGAGCUCGCCACCGUUGCGCCGAUCAGCCCAGCAUCUGUCUGCCUCCUGGACCUCCCUGCCCCGGGCAGUUCCCCAUCGUCCCUUGGAGCUGUUGGGUGGUCCGGAGGGUGAAAUUUUGGCUGAUAAAGUUUGCUCGAAACUUCUUCCUGAGUCCCUGGCUGCCGAGAGGCUUCAACAGGAGGCUCCCGCUAGAGCGUAUACAGAUCCAGCACUUCGGCGUUCUCCCCGCCUGUAUGCGUCUGUUUUAAACCGCUUGAGCGAAGCCGGUCUGAUUGAAUGGAGGCUAGGGUGCAGGGAGUCUGUGGGGGU